CGCAUCCGUCUUAAAGGUGGCCUCAAAUAAAUUUCCUCAAGAUCCCUUUUUUCCUCAAGCUCUUGCUCGUUUCUACUACAUAGAGCUAAAAUCAUACAAUCCAGCCGAAAUGUGGGCAAAAAGAGCAAAGCAAAGAGAUCCCCAAAAUUCCUUCAUCGCUGAUACUUUGGGUCAGGUCCACAAGAACCGCCUCAAGAGCACGGGAGAAACUUCCAACGCAAGACAAGUCUUGCAGGAAGCCAAAAAAGCUAUUGAGGCUUUCAAGCAUGAAGAAGAACUUGCGGAAGAAGGACAUCAGAUGGACACCUCUGGCGAUAACGCAGUUAGAUUCUCAAAUCUGUUCAACUGCAGAGGGCAGUUUGGGUUUAUACAGGUCUGCCACCUUCUCUAUGACUUGCUUGUGAAGAAAAACGAAACCUGGAAAGCAGUUCUUACAAAGAAGGAGUCCUUUGGCUCCGUCCUGGAAGAACUUGGCGACAACAAACUUUACAGAUUCAAUGAUCUGGUAAGCAAUCUUAAAGGAGACGUUCAGAAAAAAACUGAGUUUUUUGCUGCAUACCUGACCUUCUCAAAGCUCAGUAUAGAGAGAGAUGACCCUGAAUACAUUUCGGAAGAAACCUAUGAAUGUCAAAAGAAGUUUGUUGGUGACUCACCAUCUACAGAAGGCAACCUAACCAUUCCUCAAUGUAAGCAUGAGCUCCAGCAUCACCUGGCAACGACAUUCGCAGGAGUGCUUGGAUGCAUGGACAGAGAGUACUCUGUAGAUCUACUCCAGCGUAUAACCGAAUGUUGGAAAAAAAUAUGGUCAAAGACAAAGUCCAAAUCAGAUGUAGCCAACUUCCUUCUGGCUUACAUCUUGUCCCGGAGCUUGGGAGCAACCUUUCCCAAUUCUCCUGAAGCUUUAAUUCAAAGUUUCAAACAGGGAAUCCCCCCGGAUCACAGUGAUCCUCCUGAGCAGCACCUGCUGGCCUUACUCUUGUCCUGGCCCACAGACACUGAAGAUAAUGGUAGCUUUGACCUGAGCCAGAGAAUUCAGGAAAUGGGCCGCUCAUAUGAAAACGCAUACCUGAAGUACUUUAGAUCGAGAUACCUCCAACCUCUGUUUUUCAUCGGAAAAGGACAAGAUCUGGACAGACUUGUUCACAGAACCGUUCUCGAGCGGCUGUUCUUAGACCACAGCCACGGAACGGACCCAGACUGCAAAAUGAAAGACUGGAAAAAUGAGUACAUAUUCAAAGAUGACAACGUCAAAGAACGUCUGAUCAAGUUUGAAGGGGUAGUGAAGAACUACAGAGUGUUCCUUCGUAUUGCUAACAAAGAGAUUAAAAUUGAAGCCAAUCUACAAAGAAGUCUCUGGAAAGCACGGAACGUUUCCUUCUUCCUUGGAUUCACCAUCAGAGGUCCAGUGGCCUUUCACAUCCAGACUAAGGCAGAAAGAGAGUUCCAGAGCUGAGAGACUUGGAAGGUUGAGACCCAGUAGAACCAGUCUGAAGGCCCAUCAGCGCCACCCAGAGACAUUUGUUUUCUCUGAAA